GACUUUCUACCAGUUUGAGACGGCGUGGGAUAGUUCCAUGCACAACUCGCUGCUGCUCAAUCGUGUCACCCCGUACCGGGAGAAAAUCUACAUCACCCUUUCUGCCUACAUCGAGAUGGAGAACUGCACUCAGCCUGCUGUCAUCACCAAAGACUUCUGCAUGGUUUUCUACUCCCGGGACGCCAAGCUUCCUGCUUCCCGCUCCAUUCGCAACCUCUUCAGUAACUCCCCGUCUCCUUUUGCUCACAGCAACCGUGUGACAGGAGUCUAUGAGCUCAGCCUCUGCCGCGUGGCCGACGCCGGCAGCCCAGGCAUGCAGAGACGGCGGCGGCGUGUGCUGGACACCUCCGUAGCCUACGUGCGGGGAGAGGAGAACCUGGCUGGCUGGCGGCCCCGCAGCGACAGCCUCAUCCUUGACCAUCAGUGGGAGCUGGAGAAACUCAGCCUCCUGCAAGAAGUGGAGAAGACAAGACACUACCUGCUCCUGCGUGAGAAGCUGGAGACAACCCAGCGCCUGGGCCUGGAGACCCUCUCUCCCUGCUCCAGUGAGGACUCCGAGUCUCGAAGCACGUCCUGCAUCUCAUCCCCACUCUCUGCUGACGGGGCCCCUGAGGGCCGCACUUCUCCCCCUGUGACCCCCAGUGAGAGACAGAAGGAGCUGGCUGUGAAGUGCUUGCGCCUGCUCACGCACACCUUCAACAGGGAGUACAGCCACAGCCACGUCUGCGUCAGCGCCAGUGAGAGCAAGCUGUCUGAAAUGUCUGUGACCCUGAUGAGAGACCCCUCCAUGCCAGCUCUUGGGGUCACCACUCUCACCCCCUCCUCAACCUGUCCAUCACUGGUGGAAGGGCGCUACAACGCCAUGGAGGUCAGGCCCCCCCACGUCUCUUCCAGGGCAGAGAGCCCUGACCUGGAGCCUGUGGUAGAAGCAGAGCACAAGAAGUCACCAGCCUGCCGGCCUGAGGAGGAGAAGGAGCCCCAGCAUUUGCUAGUGCCAGACAUCCAGGAGAUACGAGUCAGCCCCAUCGUCUCCAAAAAGGGCUACUUGCACUUCCUGGAGCCCCACACCAACGGGUGGGUGAAGCGGUUCGUGGUGGUCCGACGCCCCUACGUCUACAUCUACAACUCGGACAAGGACGCUGUUGAGAGGGCCAUACUCAACCUUUCCAAGGCCCAGGUGGAGUACAGCGAAGACCAACAGGCCAUGCUGAAGACCCCGAACACGUUCGCGGUGUGCACGGAGCACCGGGGCAUCCUGCUGCAGGCGAGCAGCGACAAGGACAUGCAUGACUGGCUCUACGCCUUCAACCCGCUCCUGGCUGGGUCCAUAAGAUCCAAGCUGUCCAGAAGGAGAACAGCUCAGAUGAGAAUCUAACCUGUAAAACACCCUCCACUUCAUCCGUCUGCCAACAGGAUCAAGAUAGUUGAUUCUGUCUCAAGAUUCCCAUGUUAACGUCUGAUCUCUCACACCAUCUGCUGCCCCAGCUUUCUGCUCCAUGGAAGGAUCUGUCUCGAUUCAUACCUUCAUGGGAGAAACUCACUUCAGUUCGUAGCUGCAAAAGCCUGGACCCGUCUGGGCAGGAUUUCUUGUGUGCGUGCCAUCUUCUGCCUGUCCCCCCAUGGGUGACCUUCAUGUCAUACCAUCUGUAAUGCUCCAGAAAGGUCCCUUUUGGAGGGGAGGGAGCGAGGAAGGCGGCUUCAGCUAAAAGCUGGUCUUUGAUCUACAGAGGUGGGAGAACGGUAAAGCUCAGAGGUGGGAGGACAGGAAGAAUUGCCUCCAGAUGAAGGGAAAGUAGUAGUUUAGGUGUGUGGAUUUCCUAGUUUAUUGAUGU